AUGAUUGUAUCCGCACGAGAUUGGGAAAACGCGCAGAUUAAGGAACUUACAAAAAGAUCUACAACAGCAGCUACCUUAUCUGCGUUUCCGGAUGAUACAGUGGAAAUUUUCUCCGAUGCAGCGUGGAAAGAAGAUCUCAAAGCGUCAGGAUCAGGAUGGAUCAUCAUCAGAAACUCUUCGAUCUUGUACCAGGAGUCAGCUUGUGAACAUCCAGUCUCAUCCCCUCUUGUUGGGGAAGCCCUUGCAGUCAGAUCUGCCUUGGAGCACGCCUUGCGUCUCGGAUUUUUGAAGAUCUCUCUCAAAUCCGGCUGUCUAGCUCUGAUCAAUGCGAUCAAGCGGAAGGAACCGAUCAAAGAAAUUUUUGGCAUUCUCGGUGACAUCGACAAUCUGAUAGCUCAUCUUCCCUUUGUUAUUGUCUCUCAUGUGUUGAGAACGGCAAACAGUUUAGCCGACACUCCUGCAAAAAACGCCUUGGCGUCUAUAUCUACUUCUUUGUAA